CAAUGUUUACUACUCGACUGGGAUGGGAUCUCGAGGCCGUGGCUUGCGAGUGUAGAGCAGUCGUUAAAAAAUGGCGUUGCAUAAACGGACGGGAAGCCUUGCUUCAAACAUAAAGUGUACAGAAAGUCCUAUGUCUCACAACCAUUGUGAAAGAAUUAAUGAAUCAACAAUCAAAAAGCCGGAGGAUGUUUACAAAAAAGAUUUCUACGAAUCAUUUGAACCGGUUAGCUUGAUCAACGCUGUCGCUACCUACUUAUGUUAUUUUAUUCUUACAUUAUUCGGUUAUUUAAGAGAUUUUAUGAGAAGGAAUUGCAUUGAGAACAUACAUGGUGCACAAGAAUCACCAGAAUUAAGGGAUUUUGUCCCGUUAUAUCAGGAUUUUGAUAGUUUUUUCACACGCAAUGUUUACCGUAGAAUAAGAGAUAACUUCAAUGUGCCAUUGUGCAGCAGCGCAGGAGCCGAGAUAAGAAUUAUGCACCGUUACUCAACUGAUGAUAAUUGGACUUUCACGUAUACAGACAAAUCUACAUCAGCUAUCAAUUUUGGAUCUUACAAUUAUUUAGGCUUUUCAGAAACGGAAGGAUAUUGCAACGAUAGGGUGAGGGAAACUCUCCAGGAUUAUGGUGUCGGAAUCUGCAGUGUUCGCCAAGAACUAGGAAAUUAUGACAAACAUAAUCAACUUGAGGAGCUGACGGCCGAAUUUCUUGGAGUGGAAUCUGCCAUCACAUUUGGCAUGGGCUUUGCCACAAAUGCGCUAAAUAUUCCUGCAUUGGUAGGAAAGCAUUGUCUGGUGUUGAGUGAUCAGAUGAACCAUGCCUCAUUAGUACUUGGAAUUCGCUUGUCUGGCGCCACUGUUCGAGUUUUCCAGCAUAAUAAUAUGAAAGACCUUGAGAAGAAGCUUCGCCAAGCAGUCGUCAAGGGACAACCUAAGCACUUCCGUCCAUGGAAAAAAAUCCUCAUCGUCGUUGAAGGCAUCUACAGUAUGGAAGGCUCCAUUGUUAGGCUACCUGAGUUGCUGGCCUUGAAGAAGAAAUACAAAGCUUACGUGUACCUGGAUGAAGCCCACAGCAUAGGGGCAAUUGGACCUCAUGGACGUGGAGUGGUAGACUAUUUUGGCCUAGAUCCAAAAGAUGUAGAUAUAAUGAUGGGAACUUUCACUAAGAGUUUUGGCGCCUCAGGCGGGUACAUUGCUGGUACUAAGAAAUUGAUAGACCAUUUGAGGACAUGUUCUCACAGUACCACCUAUGCAACAUCAAUGCCGCCACCUGUAGUUCAGCAGGUGAUUUCUAGUAUGUCUUGUAUCAUGGGCAAGUCAGGGAUGAUAAGAAUUAAGAAACUUGCUGAAAAUACACUGUAUUUUCGAAGGAGGCUGAACGAAUUGGGUUUUAUUGUUUAUGGAAACAAGGACUCACCUGUCAUCCCAUUCAUGGUGUACAUGCCAGGCAAGCUUGCGGCACUAGCACGUGAGUGUAGAGCACGUGGCAUAGCAGUUGUAGUUGUCGGGUUCCCGGCCACGCCCAUUAUUGAAGCAAGAUGCCGGAUCUGUCUUUCGUCCUCACACACCAGAGAGCAGCUGGAUAAAGCACUUGAAGUUCUUAGUGAUGUUGGUGACCAGAUUUGUUUAAAAUACUCACGAUUACCUCUUGAGGAUAGAAUACGCCCGUACCUUCCACCCGCCCCCGAAGAACACAAGAUAAAUGGUGAUACAACGAAGAUGAACGGUAAUCACCACUUAGCAAACGGCACCAUCAACGGCAGAAUGAAACAUCAUCAAAAUAGCAACGGUAAAGUCAACAGACGCUAGUAAAUCAAAGCUAAGAUAAUUACCACCAGAUUAUUGCCCAAUAGAGUUCAGAGUGUGCGAUUUUAUUUAGAGAGAGAGAAGGUAAAAGCAUGAUGUGGAAUGUUGUCCGUGUAGAUCUACCCAUUGUUUACAAAGAGUAUUGGAGAUAAACACAAACAUGUGUUGUGUACAAAAGGUCUUUGCUCAGGUUAAAGGAUAAAUUGGUUUAUGUAAAAUAGAUUUUAAUCAGUGAACAUGUAAACAGUAUGCUUCUCAUUUUAUCUAAAAUUAUUUCUCAAAUUUCCGUUUUUAUAAGAAUAUAAAGUAUUGUUCAAAUUUAUGCUAAAUUUUGAUACAUGAAUUAACUGUAUAAUUGUAAGAUAUCUCCAGAAGCAAACAAUGCAAACUUUUAGGCAGUUUAAAUUUCAAAAGCUAGCCAAUAUUUAUUGGAGAAAAAAAAAACUGUCAAUGUAUAUUUUUUUUUAUUGUUAGUUGGUGUUCUACUAUUUAUUUUCUAUAUCUACAGGGAAUGGGAUGUUUGCUUCCCGCAAGAAAGUGCUCCCAUCAUGCACCACCCAGAAAUGCAAUGCAUGAUGGGACACAAAGAAACAAUACUAACACACAUUCUUGUCCAGUUGCUGUUAUUAGUUUCGAAGAACUAAAUUAUAGGUACAUAAUCUAUUAACCUCAUAAAUAAAAGAUUUGAUUGGUUAUUCAGUAUCAUGUGAUGUACAGUGAGGUUAAUGUGUUAAUUGUAAUUUCACCUACAAACGUAACCAUCGAAAAACCAGUAUUAUAUAACAGUAUCCAUUUUUCAAAGAGUAAUUAUUACCAUAAUUAAUAUUACUAAAUUUUUUAUUCUUUUUCUAAUUUCUUGGAUUGGUUUUAUGUUCUUGACACUUGUUUCCAAAUGAUCAAUGCCAUACAUGUGCAAAAUAUUCAAAUUUGUUGGCAGUAAAUCUAUAGCUUGUAUGGCAGUGUCUUCUGUCUUUAUACCUCCAAUAUUAUACUAAAGAGCUUCCAAUCGUAUUCAUAGGUCACUGAAAUGGGCUAAUAACUGGACUCGUCCAUUAAUGCCAAGGAGUCCCAUAAUCAAUGUGUGAACAUCCGCACAUAAUAUUCAUAUAUUUAUUAAUUUUACAAUAUAUUUAUAUAUAUAUAUUAUAACAUGUUCAAUUUUAAAACAUAAAUAAAAUUAUUUACCUUAAAGAAUAUUUCCUCAACCUAAAAAAUGUAUAAACAACAUCAGUCUACAUGCUGCAGUAAAAAUAUUCAAGUUGAGGGCAGUAUAUAUGUAAUGACAUCAUAAGAGUUAUUUUUGAAAAUAAUAGUGCUAACUCCAAUACAUUCGAUACUUUAAAAAUAGAAGCUUUAUGGGAAUAUAUUCACCUGCAAAAAUUUAUGUUCAAAUUGCAUGGCUACAGUAUUAUUAUUAUUAUUAAGAAUUAUACUAAAACACGCUUAAAAAAAUACUGUGAAAGCAUGCUUAAAAUAUACUGCUGUUGCAUGACGCUGCUUUCGCUGCCCUAAGGUUAUAAUCUUAAACAAAAUACAAUAUUUAAAAUGCUUACUUUGGUUAUUGAAGCAAGUUCUUAGCUUUGAAUAUUAAUGUGAAAGAUAUUUUCCCCACCAACUAACAAUGCUGCUAAAUAUUCUAUAUCAGUAGCCUUUGAAAUGGCUGGAAAUCAAUCCUGAAAACUUCUCUAGUUACUGUAAAUCAAUAAAUUGUCAUUGAAAAUUAUGAUUGUUUUGAAAUACACUAUUUAAUGUUUUUAGGAAUGAGGGGCUUUUUCCAUUUUUUUUCAUAACUGAGAUUAAAUCUUUAACAUAAACAACUAAAAUAAUUUGAUAUAUAAACUAAUUUUAUUAUCUAUAUAUUUGUGAUUUCAUUAUUCAGUUGAUGCAUAGUAAAUAACAAAAUAACCAAUUAAAAUGCAGUGAGAAUUAUCUCAUAAAAUGUACACUAACUACUACAUUAAUUAGUUUAGAUGGUAUUCCAUUACCAAGGCCACACUAACCCAUGUGUUGGCUUCUGAUAAAUGUCUAUUACCUGCUCAUUGAAGUUUAGUGCUUACAUAGUAUUUCAUUAAGUGUCUCCUUUGCUGUACAUUUAGAUCUAAAGGUUUAGAUGGGCAAACAGCUCCUUAAAAUUCUGGAGCCCUUUACUGUUAAACCCCUUUGCUGGUGGGACAAGGGUGCAACCUCACCUUUUUCAAAAUCUGUAUUUAUGGGGCUUUUGUAUUAAGAAUACUUUCAGUCUUUCACAUUUUCAAAUAAAAUAGUCAAAUUGGCAAUAAAAUGGUACCUAUUUUCCAGACAUGGAGAAAAAUGUCCUGUUCUCCCCAACCAUUAAAAAUGCCCCCAGCACCAAACUUCUUUACACUGUAUAACACAACAGUGGUCUUUUUUUGCAGCAAAAAAAAAAAAAAAAAAAAAAAAAAUCAGGGAAAUGUGCGAUGUGGCACAAUUAGGCCAUUUUUCCAGCAUUUGCUUCUUUCCCUGACAAACUCCUACAGCUCCUCCACCAAGGGGCUCUACAUAUAUCUAAUAUUAUUAUUCAUUAUUAUUAACAUUAUUAUUCAUUAUUAUUAAUAUUAUUAUUCUUGUCACUAUUUUGUAUUACUAUUCAUUAUAUUAUGUUGUUUGCUGUUUUUAUUAUUAGUAUAUCAGAUUAUUAUACUGUAUUAAGUUAUAAUAAUGGGAGGUGAUGAGAAUUGACUCUGCAUGAUUGAUACACCAAUUUGUGUUUCACACCAGAUAAUGAAGCUUUGUGAGAAGCUAAAAAAAGCUGAAUCUGCUUUUGUGAAAGAAACUCAUAAUUGAACAAAAACUUAUAGGCUCUUCAUCAUAUACAAAAAUUUAAUUAUUUGAAGUGCCUAACAUUAAUAGGUUUGAAUAUCAGUGAUAUAUUUUGGGUAUCUUUCCACUUUUUUAUCCAAAGAUUGAUUAUAUUAAGGUAAACCUUUGCAUACUGCUAUAACAAAAGCAAAAGUUUUUUUGUAUUGUUUGCCGUUCACAUUAUUUUGGUCCCUUUAAGCUUCCUCCUUGCUACACCAAUAAUACAGGUGUAAAAUACUUCUUUAUAUAGUUCAUAUAUAAAGAAUUAUAUUUGUGAUUAUUAUUGCUAUUAUAGAUUGAUAAAAGCAUAGUAAAUAUUUUCUUGUAUAAAGAAUUUGUGAUUUCACUCGGUGUUUGAUCUCCACUGAUACCAUAUUUAUUGUCAGCUGUAAAUUUUUUUAGGGCUCUGAAUUACUAACCAGGCCUGGCAAUCAUGUUUAAAAUUAUAGCCACUUUUACUCCUUCAAAUUUUCUUCCCUUCACUCACCCUCUUUUUCUGGCCCCUUAUCCCACAUACCAUUAGUUAAAUUGAUGAAGGUUUACAUAAUUUUGUAAUGUUGUUUUUAUAAAUGUUUUUAUUAUUAGUUAAAAUAUAAUGAUAGAGGUACGAGUUGUCCAUUGAUGUGAAUUAAAGUGAAGGUCACAAAUGUUCAGUUGAAAACUUAGGUUGCACCCACAAUAAUUCUAAUACUUAUACAAAAGUAAACAUCCUGAAUGUAGCCAUCUUGUGACUGGCUGUGAUAUUGCCUGUCAUAGAAUGUAAUAUGAUCAUUCUAAGUUUUCCAUUCAUUUGAUUGGCUGUGAGAUGUGUAACCUCAUUAAAUAGAGAUGCUGCAAAAAGGCUAACGCUUGUGACCAAUCCACUGCUGUACGAAUUCAUUCCGUUCAUUGUUUGUAAGUCUCUAUGUUGCCAAAAUCUUUUAUUUCUGUCGCUAUGUUCUUAAAUUAUAUAAUAUAUUCAUAAAAUUAUCUUGCGAUUAUCAAGGCACAAGAAGUAAAAAGAAAACACCAAAUAAUUUUUGAUGAUAUUUAUCAUCGAUUGUCACCUUGGCUAAUGUAAGCUAGAUUACAAACCAUGUGGCAUGCUCUACCGAACAAGGCCUCAAGUUGAGUUCCAAGUUAACAUUCACAUUCCCCAUUUGUUUACCGUUGCUAUAUUAACUUUUAUGUAAUUUGUUAAUAUUUUUAUUUUGUUGGAGAUUUGUUUUGCACUUGUUUUCAUCCCCUUGUAAGCAUUAUGUAUAACUUAUAGUAUCAGAAUUUAAUAUAUUUUUAUGUUUGAAAUUAAUUGUGUAUAAUUAUUUGUUUCAUUUGAUUUAGCUUUAUAUUAGAAAAAGAUUAAUAAACUUAACUGCCUUGGAUCUAAUCUUGGUUAAAAGCAGCUGUGAUAAAUUGUUAAAAACUGCUUGGAUGUAAGAGAUUAGAUCUAACUCAGAUUUAAAUCUAUUUUCUGGAUAUUAAGACAAACCACCCACUUAGUUUCCAUUAUGUCCGAUGUAUGCAUUUGUGUUUUUUUAUGUUUUGAAUAAUGUAAGGAUACCUUGAUAAUAAUGGAAUUUUAAUUUUUAAUUUAUUUUUAAUUUAGCCCUUGUAUUUGAUACUUAAUAUAAAUAAUACUGUAUACAAAUCUAGUAUGUGGAUUUACCAUUUAACCCUAUACUUCGACCUAAACUUUUCAUUUGGAUCAAACUAUAUCAUUUUAUUAUUACGAAUAAAAAUAUAGAACCAGGGUCAUAGCAAAAAUAAUCAGAGGUCUAGUAAUUUUCGGUGAUGGGUGGAAGGGAUGCAGAGGCCCAACCAAGGCCAGUGCUUCCUAAAUGUGAAUGUUUUGAGCUUUACACUCUAAUGCUAUUGAAAAGAGAGUUGGCAUCUUUGUUAUUUUUUUUUGUGCUGAACACUGCUGUCCAGCUUCGACCAGCCUAGCUAUAGCCCUGAAAAGUGUAACUAACGUUGUACAGUAUAAUGCAUGUUGUGUAUCGAAGUCUAAAUUAUUAUUAUUUAAUUGAAAGCUUAACAAGGAUGGUGAAUAUAUACUUUUAAAUAUGAAACUAUAAUAUGAAACUUUUAUGCCUCCCAUUUUGGUAGAGCAAGUCACAAUAAUGUAGUUGUAUAUACUUUAGUGAGUAAAUUUAGGUUAGUAAAUAAAAUUUAACAAAUUAAUUAUAUUUAUGAAUAAUAUAGUUAGUUGCUAUGGUUAUCAUUAUAUAUUCAUGAUGCCAAACAGUAAAACAUGAAGAUGGUAAUAUAACUACCGUAUCUAAUGAUUGGUUUACUAUUUUACAUUGGUUUACUUUUUGUUUUAUACAAAACAUACAAUAAUGUUUAUGUAUAUGACUCUGGUUUUUUAAUAUAUUAUAAUAUAAUACUGUUUAUUUACACUUUGCUAAGGAGGGUGUUUUUGGAAACUGGUUUGAUUGUGGACUGCACAAAUUCAGAUUUACCAAUAAAAGACUCAACGUUCCA